ACUCGUCAUGCAGCCACCCAGACCUACAGCGUCGGAGGACAACGUAGCCAUGGGAAGCUUACAGAUUUAAGAGCAAGCAUUUUGAAACAUGACUACUUCCUGGAGCGAUCGACUUCAGAACUACGCAGACCUCCCCGCCAACAUGGACGGUCUUGCAAUGAAGAAGUACCGGCGGGAGGCUUACCACAGAGUGUUUGUAAACAGAAGCUUGGCUAUGGAGAAGAUUAAAUGCUUUGGGUUUGAUAUGGAUUACACAUUAGCUGUGUACAAGUCCCCAGAAUACGAGUCCCUGGGGUUUGACCUGACUGUGGAAAGGCUUGUAUCAAUCGGAUAUCCCCAGGAGCUGCUCAACUUUGUCUAUGACUCUACAUUCCCAACCAGGGGCCUGGUGUUUGAUACAAUGUAUGGGAACUUGCUGAAGGUGGAUGCCUAUGGGAACAUCCUUGUCUGUGCCCAUGGAUUUGUUUUCAAUCGGGGGCCAGAGAUUCGGGAGCAGUACUCAAACAAGUUUAUCCAGAGGGACGACACUGAGCGGUUUUACAUCCUGAACACACUCUUCAACCUGCCUGAGACCUAUCUGUUUGCCUGCCUGGUAGAUUUCUUCACUAGCUGCCCCCGAUACACUAGCUGUGACACAGGGUUUAAAGACGGUGACCUUUUCAUGUCCUACAAGAGCAUGUUUCAGGAUGUCCGUGAUGCAGUAGACUGGGUCCACUACAAGGGGUCUUUAAAAGAGAAAACAGUGGAGAAUCUGGAAAAGUAUGUUGUCAAAGAUCAUAAACUACCUCUUCUGCUCAGUCGAAUGAACGAAGUUGCAAAGGUGUUCCUGGCCACGAACAGCGACUACAAAUACACCGAGAAAAUUAUGACCUACCUGUUUGAUUUUGACCAUGGCCCCAAGCCUGGCACUCCCCACCGCCCGUGGCAGUCCUAUUUUGACCUCAUCCUGGUGGAUGCGCGGAAGCCUAUGUUCUUCGGAGAGGGGACCGUCCUGAGGCAGGUGGACACUAGCACGGGGCGGUUAAAGAUCGGGACCUACACAGGACCUUUGCAGCACGGCAUUGUGUAUUCUGGAGGUUCAUCCGACACUGUGUGUGACCUUUUGGGGGCAAAGGGCAAGGACAUCGUCUACAUUGGAGACCACAUCUUCGGAGACAUCCUAAAAUCCAAAAAGCGACAGGGCUGGAGGACCUUCCUAGUCAUCCCUGAGCUAGCCCAGGAGCUCCAUGUGUGGACCGACAAGAGCUCUCUGUUUGAAGAGUUACAGAGCCUGGAUAUCUUCCUGGCAGAACUCUACAAACAUCUGGAUAGUAGCAGUAAUGAACGGCCAGACAUCAGUUCCAUUCAAAGACGUAUCAAGAAAGUGACUCAUGACAUGGACAUGUGCUACGGGAUGAUGGGCAGUUUGUUCCGCAGCGGGUCCCGUCAGACUCUGUUUGCCAGCCAGGUGAUGCGCUACGCAGAUCUGUACGCUGCUUCCUUCAUCAACCUCCUCUACUACCCCUUCAGCUACCUGUUCAGAGCUGCCCACGUCCUGAUGCCACAUGAGUCGACCGUGGAGCACGCUCACGUGGACAUCAAUGACGGCGAAUCGCCUAUGGCCACGUGGAACCGCAACGCCCUGGACUUCAAGGGUUCCGAAUACAAGCGUAGCCAGCUGACCCGCUCAGUCAGCGAAAUCAAGCCACCCAACCUGUUCCCCCAGACCCCCCAGGAGAUCACACACUGCCACGACGAGGAUGACGAUGAGGAGGAGGAGGAGGAGGAGUAACAAAGAGAAACAAACUGUACAACACAGUCUAUUGAGCUAAUUAGAGGAGACUAAGAAGAUGUUCCACAAGAGCCUGUACUUGGAAAUGCUGUACUGAAAUAUAUCAGUAACCCUCCACUGUGCCAGUGCAUGCCUGUCUUCAUUUUUCAUUAGCAGAACCAAACCACUUACCUCUUUGAGACCAUGCCAAGCACCUUUGGGAUCUGCAGGUUGCAAGUAUCCUGCCUAGUAAGAACAGGAUUAUUGUGACACCAUUGAAUAUCAGGCUUUGGUACUUAUUGAUGCAGUUGUGUGUAAAACAUUACACACCUUUUAUUAGUGUUUAGCAGAUCCGCUGUGGUUUUGGCUGGCUCAUGAACAGCCAGAAUUAGUACCAGACCAUACUGCCUCUCAAUCACACACUUACCAGUUUCCUUAUUGGAAUGACUGAAAUAAGGGCUAAUUUGAGCUCAAGUAGCCAGUUGCACUUUGUUAAACUAGUGUGUGCAUUUCUUCUUUUUAACUUCUUCUAAAAUUGCUUCUUUUAAAGUUUUUUUUUAAUUUGUGUUUCGUACCUUUUUUUCUCUGCAAAAAGUGUUUCAAUGAUCUGUUCUGCUCUGUAAAGGAGUGCAAGAGUUUAUGCUUUUUUUUUUUUUUUUUUUUUUAAGAAUCUGGAUUCCUGUGUGCUUUUGCAUUUGGAACCAGUAUUAUUUGCUAAUUAUUAUUUGUAACGGUUAUACUGUAACUGUAAUAAUUUAGUUUAUGCAUGUCCAUGCUCUUUUCACAUCAGUUGAUGGAAACUGGUUUUAAAGUGGCAUAUUCUUUACUGUCCAUAUUGUAUUUCUUUCCUGAAAAUAUCGAUCCUUUGGAAAUUUAAUUUUAAUGGUAAAUAAAAUGCAAACA